AUGGUGCUUACUAAUUUUCCCCUGAAAAACAUCUUCCACAAGCUUGAAACAUCAGGACGUUUGAUGAAGUUCGGGCCCAGAACUGCGUUAAAGGGGCAAGCAGUUGCAGACUUCAUAGCAGAGCUCACCCCGCCAUCUCUGCCCGCCGAUUCCGACCUCCCGUGGACGAUCUACGUAGAUGGAUCUUCCAACGAGAAAGGGUGUGGAGCGGGAAUCCUCUUGCUCGCACCAGAUGGCAUGCGAUUCGAGUAUGCCCUGCGUUUCAACUUCUGGACUUCAAACAACGAGGCCGAGUAUGAAACGCUUCUGGCAGGACUCCGCGUUGCCAAAGGACUGGGGGCCACCCACAUUAAGGUCUUCAACGACUCCCAAUUGGUGGUAAAUCAAAUCAAGGAGGAGUAUAAAGCAAAAGACUCUCGGAUGGAGAAGUACUUAAGUAAAGUCAGAUCGCACCUCGCCCAAUUUAAAACUUACGAGGUGAAUCAAGUUCCGAGAUUAGAGAAUUCAAAUGUAGAUGCCCUGGCCAAAUUGGCAUCAGCAUACGAGACCGAUCUAGCGAGAUCGAUCCCGGUCGAAAUCUUGGAUAACCCGUCAAUUCUUGAGCCGGACAUAAUGGACGUUGACGCAACAGCACCCAUGUGGAUGGAUCCAGUUGUGGAGUUCAUUAAAGGAAACCCACCGCAAGACUCAAAAGAACAUAAGAAGAUGGCACGAAGAGCAGCUCAGUUUGUACUCCGAGAUGGAGCAUUGUACUCGCGAGGCUUCUCCCUGCCUCUCCUCAAGUGUGCGACUCCUGAAGAAGGGAAUUACAUUCUCAGAGAAAUUCAUGAAGGAGUAUGCGGCAACCAUUCAAGAGUCAGGGCGUUAUCGGCCAAGGUGGUUCGGCAAGGGUAUUAUUGGCCCACCGUUGAUCAAGAUGCCAAGCAGUUCAUGAAGACUUGCGACAACUGCCAGCGCUUCGCAAGCAUUAUUCAUCAGCCUCCUGAACUGCUCACUCCCAUCUCGGCCCCAUGGCCAUUCACACAAUGGGGAGUGGACAUCAUAGGUCAUUUUCCCCUGGGCAAAGGACAAACCAAAUUUGCCGUUGUCGCUGUCGAUUAUUUCACAUCACAAAGUCCAAGGUUACAUCGUUCGUAUGGACAAACAUCGUAUGCGGCUUUGGCAUACCAAACGCCAUCGUGA